GUACCUCGAGAUCCGGGCUCUCCGUUUACAUUAUUCAUACGAAGGGUGUGACUUGUUGGCUGUUUUUUUCAGCCUGUAUAAAACAACAAGUUCACGUAAAAUAAAAUAGAUGGAGAAGGCUAUCCGGCACUCUUUGACACGGAGAGUCCCCGUAAGCCUAGUUGACAACUCGCCUACUGUCCCUUUGUGACCAGCUUUUCGGCAGAAUGCCCGGUCUAUGCUUGUUUUGUCUCACUGCCGUGCUCGCUGCAUUCACACGGUUCGCGGACACCGUGGGGACGGUGGUCCGAUGCGAGCCGUGUGACACCGUGGCUCUCAUGCAGUGCAAGCCUCUGGCAAAAGACUGCGCCGAUAGGGUAAGGGAGCCUGGCUGUGGGUGCUGUCUGACGUGCGCCCUUGCGGAGGGUCAGGCGUGUGGAGUGUACACCGGACGCUGUGGCUCCGGGCUAACUUGUCAGCACCAACCCGGGGAGACCCGACCACUGCAAGCCCUGCUAGAGGGACGGGGAGCGUGCUCUAGCGUCGCGUCCAAAACACUCAGCCCCAUUCUGCUCCCCACAGAGAAACAAGAGAACGCAGGCAGGGAGCAGGUGGUGGCGGGGGAAGAGUUGCGUACCAAUGUCACCGUGAUGACUACCAUGGCGGUGGGUGUGGUUGUUGUUGAAGGCGGAGGCGGCAAACACCGAGUGGCGAUAGAGGCCAAACCGCCGCUGCAACCCAAGCUGGAUGUGAUUAAGAAGGAGCAGAAUAAGAAGAGCCAGAGCUACAAGAUGGAGUCAGGAUCUGGGGGAGUCAAAGCCAACAUUCCCAGGUUUUCUCUGGAGGACAAGAGGGAGACCGAAUAUGGCCCAUGCAGGAGAGAGAUGGAGAGCAUUCUGAACAGUCUUAAAAUCUCCAAUGCGCUCAUCCCCAGAGGCGUCCGCAUCCCCAACUGUGACAAAAAAGGCUUCUACAAGAAAAAACAAUGCCCUCCAUCCAAAGGGAGGAAGCGAGGUUACUGCUGGUGUGUGGAUAAGUACGGUCAGCCUCUCCCCAGCUACGAUGGAAAGGAGAGAGGAGAAUCCCAGUGCAACAACCUGGAGAACAAAUGAGAAGCAGAGAGAGAGUGGAUGGAUGGAGAGAAAGAACGAAGCAAGGAGGAGAGAGGAAUAGGAGAGAGACUUUUUUUCACUCCGGCCCUACACAAAGCACAGUCAAAAAGAGCGCCAGACUGUUGACCUCAGGUCACAUGACUGCCGGAUAGGGAAGGGGGGAGGGGGGAGGGAGUGAGAAGACUGGGGGAGCACAGCCUAUAGGCCAAGCCUUCUGUCCAUUAUCUAUAGCUAUCUGCUCUGUGCUAUGGGAACCUCCUCACCUUGUAUGAAAACAAGAGAGAGAGAAACUAAUCAUCUCCACUAUUCUUUUAGAGAGAGAUGGAGGGACUUUUCCACUGUAUUUAAAGUGUGAGUGACUGUGACCCAACUCAAUGUGUGUAUGUGUGUUUGUGUGUGUAUGUCUGUUUGUGUGUGUAUGCGUGUGUAAAUGCUGUCUUUCACUAAAGAUCAGUUUAGAGAUGUUAGAACACCCAAAUCCAGCCCCCUUCCAUCCUGUCAUGCCGAAACUCCUCCUCUUUCUCAGGGUCCAUCAUUAUGAAGUGAAGGCUUAUGGUUUGGCCAGCCUCUGAUCUCUUUCAUGCCAUCUUGGACAACACUGGCCUUCCCCACUGUCUCCAAAGCAACCAGCUUGUCCAACCCGAUGUGCUGCGUCACAUUUACAGGUUUAGGGGGGAACGAAUGGAGACAGUGCCCAAUAACGGUGCCUUAAAACCCCACACUGCCCCCCUCACCCUCUCUGCCCUCUCUCCCCCAUCCCUAACCCCUAUCCCUCCCUUUCCCAUAGUCCUUCCUUUGCCUUCUGCAGUCCUCAUCACAAUCACUUAAAGCACUUCAGCUGCAUCCAACCAACCAAUUUGGACCAAUUAUAAAUAAUUAGUUGGGUGCUUAUGUUUGUCCUGUUUAUUAUACAAGUGUGUAUUAUACACGUGAAAUUAGAAAUGUGUUUUUUUGCAUAUCCCUACUCCACCUGAGACACCCUCGGAGAGUGAGGUCAAUGCCAGGUCUUCCAUUAUCAAUGGCAACCCCGGAUCAAUUAGUUAAGUGCCUUGUUUACAUCAACAGAUUUUUCACCUUGUCAGCUUGGGGAUUCAAGCUACCAGCCUUUCAAACUACCACAAAGCUCUAACCGCUAGACUACCUGCCUCCCAUAGCAUAGCAAUAAUGCAGUACCUUUUCCAUAGUGGCAACAUUUGACAAGGUUUAUAGCACUGUAGAACAAAACAACAAGAAAUACAAUCAACAACAACAAAAUAUAUAUAUAUAUAUGCUACACCAGGACUUCAGACAGUGAUCUUACUCAGCCUAGUAAACAAAUGGCACUCCUCAGAAUUUACAUUCAAUUCAAAGGGUGUUUUCUAUUCAUUUACAUUGUUCUUGGAGAUGCUUGUAUGAUCUUAUGCCAACAACUCCACAAGAUGGACACAGCACCAAAUAUGCACUCAAGAAGUAGACAGGGGGUCUGAGGAAAGGGGCGUGGUUCUCCUAGUGAUGCUUCCUGCUUCCUCUAUUGCGCUUUCACAUAUCCUGUGUCCAAAAUGGCACCAUAUUUGGAUGACAUUUCAGAUGCAGACUUUAACAGUGGAGAGUGCAUAAGAAGGAAUGCUAGCCCAGUAGCUUGAUUGCACUGAAUCAGCUACAAAGUAACUUUCAAAAAAACAACCACAACAACUUCAAACCAACCUACCCGCUGGUACUAUAUCACAUUUUGUCAGAGCACUUCAUUGCUCUGAGUAUGUUUAAGCUAUUGCCCUGCCCCCUUCCCUGUUAUUUGUGUGUCUUUGUAAUUAUUAUAAUUUUUUUCCUGGAAGCAAUGUGUCUGAAUAGACGUACAGUGCCUUCAGAAAGUAUUCAAACCCCUUAACUUUUUCCACAUUUUGUUAGGUUAUUCUAAAAUUGAUUAAAUCGUUUUUUUCCCUCAUCAAUCCACACGCAAUACCCCAUAACGACGAAGCAAAAACAGGUUUUUAGAACAUUUUGCACAAAAAAAA